GCAAAAUAUUAAAAAAGCCAAUAUAAAACUGAUGAAUAUAAUUAUGUAAAUGGUGAAAAGUCAGAAAAAUCCAUGUGUACAGUCAAUGCAAUAUUAAAUUACUAUAGGAAUACAUGUAGCUGGUAUGACACCCCCCUUGUAAGUAAAACAUACAUUUCUUAUCUUUUGAUAAUUUAAAAUGUAAAGUAUUAUGAAACUUUUAUGAUUUUAAAAAGCCUGACAUAUAAGUACCAAGAAAAUUAUGCCUUUGAAAGUCAUAUAGCACUGGUAUAUGUUAAUAUGUAAGGUCAGUUACCGACAAGUAAUAAUAAAAUGUUCAAAUCAAAAGAAAAGGAAUUAAGAAAAAGAAAAAUUUUUUUCAUUGAAAUGUUCCUAGAAACUCAGGUAUACUUCCACAUCAAGCUCAGUUUCAUGUGAAGCCCUGCACAGAAGAUACAAUGCAAUGAUUCCACACAUUUGACUUACAUGUGUUAUCUCUAUGGCAAAUUAAGUGUAACGUCAGUUACCAGCAUGGUCGUGGAUAAAUUAUCAUAGCCCCCAAAAGACAAAAACAAAUUAUUUAAUAUUUUAACACAUCUUAACCUAGUAACGAAGGUAUAUUUACAUAUUCGAAUUAUUACUCUAUCUACUCAGGGACAUAAGAUAUUUCAAUUUUACUGAACACCCUGAAAUUGCAUGUCAUUUUACGUACAUCAGUUACAAACACAUUUUUGCUUGCUGACGUGUAACCAAAUGUGGUUACAUUGAAAAACUUAGUAUCAGACUAUACAGCAAGGUGCACUUUAUUAACUCUAUCAAAAGCAAACUCCCAACAUUUGUUGUUUUAGAUAUAUACACAAUGAAAGGUUUGUAAAAUUGUGCCGUGUAACGUCAGUUACCGUGAAAAUGCCCUUAUGCGCUGUAUUCGGAAUCGAUUAGCAGCAAUUGAAGAAAACAGUCACCCCCAUAAAUUAGUUGUGAGGGAUUUUCAAGGGCAAUUUGAACAAAUUUCACAUCUUACAUAGACCCCAUUCUCAUUACCAUCGUAAAACUAAUUUAGUGGAAACUAGUUUAAUGCGUAAUGAGAAUGGUCGAAGCGGUCUUGGAAGUGAUCUACCAAACCAGUUCGGAAACCACCUCGCGAUGUAGUUUUCAAGAUCGCUUUGGCUCGUUAAACUGGUUUUGGGUAAGUGAGGCUACAACUGUUCUUCGGGAAGAGUGAUGUUAGCACAUUUUGAGCGCGGUACUCCACACACUGUGUGUAGAAUGUCUUCCCAGGUUUCGAUUUUCACGCAAUACAUGUCACCCCCACUGAGAUUGUUCCCAUAGAAACAAUGCCACUUUAUUUUCUGGUGAUCAAAUGGGAACGCUAGCAAAGCAACCUUCCUCACUGGUUUCCUGAACCGGUUUCCAGAAAACUAGUUUUUAGGAUUGCAAUGAGAACAGUGUCUUCGUUUAUUUCUGAUGACGCUGACUGUACUACAAAUGUAUCUAUCAUAUGUGGUCUUUUAGUCACAUGUUUCACGAUAUGUUUUUGUUGUUUUCAGGUGAGUACAUCAAGAAUUGGAGGCCGAGGUACUUCCAGCUGAAAUCCAAUGGAGAAUUUGUUGGGUACAAGGAAAAACCAAAAGGGAAAGGAGAGCAAGAGGCCCUCAAUAACUUCACUGUAAUAAAGUGUCAAAUCUUGAAGACAGAGAAGCCUGCCCCAAACACAUUCAAAGUUCGCUGUUUCCAGUGGACUACCCUCAUUGAGAGAACAUUUUCUGUAUCUUCAAGUGAAGAAAGGGAGUCUUGGGUAAAAGCAUUACAAGGUGUAGCAGAUGCAUUGAACAAACAGGAACAGAAUCAACUGGCCAAGAAUGCAGCAAAUGGAGGUAAAAAUGACAGCAACUCAACAGCGGAUGAUGCCUCAAAACUUAAAGUGACAAUGGAUGACUUUGAGCUGCUGAAAUGCCUAGGAAAGGGAACGUUUGGCAAGGUAAUCCAAGUCAGGGAGAAGAAGACGGGUGAACUCUUUGCCAUCAAAGUUCUCAAGAAAGAAGUUAUUGUACAAAAGGAUGAGGUAGCACACACAUUGACAGAGAAUAGAGUGUUACAGAAGACAAGCCACCCCUUUUUAACGUCCCUUAAGUAUUCGUUUCAAACGCCUGAUAGACUCUGCUUUGUGAUGGAGUAUGUAAAUGGAGGUGAACUCUUCUUUCAUUUAUCACGGGAAAGGGUGUUUUCAGAGAACAGGACACGUUUCUACGGUGCAGAGAUUGUCUCGGCCCUCAGCUACCUUCAUGAACAGAAUGUCAUCUAUAGAGAUCUCAAGUUGGAAAACCUUCUGUUAGAUCAAGAAGGGCAUAUCAAGAUAACUGACUUUGGUCUCUGUAAAGAGGGAAUCUCCUAUGGUGAGGUAACUAAGACAUUCUGUGGAACGCCAGAGUAUCUAGCUCCAGAAAUCCUAGAAGAUAAUGACUACGGGAGAGCAGUAGACUGGUGGGGUACGGGUGUAGUCAUGUACGAGAUGAUGUGCGGUAGGCUACCUUUCUAUAACAGGGACCAUGAGGUUCUCUUUGAGCUUAUCCUGACAGAAAAAAUCAAGUUCCCCAGCAGAAUUUCUGAAGUUUCCAAGUCUCUUCUCGAUGGAUUGCUGGAGAAAAACCCCAAAAAUAGGUUAGGAUGUGGACCCAAAGAUGCAAAGGAAAUCAUGGAACAUAAAUUCUUUGAUUCAAUCAACUGGGAAGAUCUCUAUGAAAGAAAGAUACGCCCUCCCUUCUUACCUCAAGUGGCACAUGAGACAGAUACAAGAUAUUUUGAUCAGGAAUUCACAUUAGAACCUGCAAAGCUUACUCCACCAGGAGCAGAUACACUUAAUGCCACCCUAAAUGAAGAGCAGGCACAAUUUGAAAAAUUCUCGUACACGGAUGAUCCCACCCUGCAAAAAUGAGUCAAGCGAGCCCAUCUUUCCAACUUCCUUCUACUUGUGAUCCAUCUCGAAGACCCAAUCUCCACAUUCAUUCACUGUCAUCAGGACAUUUCCUAUCUCAUUUUGCUCAGAAUAUCCUAUCACUAACAUUUCUAUGAAAUGGUCAAUUAGAUUGUUGGAACAUCAAUGUGGCAGUGCAUGGAUGCUAUUCUAGAAACAGGUCACCAGGGACACCCAUACAAAAAUGGCUGCAAGAGACUGUGUGGUGAAAGAAACACACAAGCCAUAUCAUUUUCAGGUAUCAGUUUGGGCCUUCCUAUACAUCCUUCAUUAUUCCUCAUAGCUUGUAGGGUUGAUACAAGUUCCCCAUUGAAUUAUUGGACUGCUAUGAAUGGAGCAAUGAACCAUUAUGAACAUGUCUGCUGCACCGACUUGCGAUAGCUUGCAAAAUUGUUGACUGAUCUUUGACCUCUGAUAUGCUGUAGAUGAAGAGGAGGGUUAUCCUACCAACUGAGCAUGAUGGGUCAUCAGGCCUUAUACUGUGUUGACAUCCCAGGAGAAACAGUGGAGAAAGAAAGUAUGAGCAAGGGUUGCAAGUUGCAACUAUCUUCAAGGAAUAUUUGUGCUGCUUUAUUUUGUGACUGCCAAAAGAAAACAAAGGAAGAAUUGUAGAUUUGUAAUACAAUUGCAUCAUUGGAAAGCACAAGUUAAAUUGUUUUGUCACUAUUUAGAAGAUGGUCUCAUUCUGAUGAAAAAUACUUUAUGUUCAUUUAAAAGGCUUUAUUACAAUCAAAGAUUUGUUCAUUGUAUUGACUUAUAUGGGAGAAAGAUAUCAACUUAAACUGUGAAAUUUUGGAUGUAAUUUUUGUUGUUUUUAGUAAUUUGUACAAAGAAAUAUUCAAAGCAAAUUACUGUAGUCUAAAUUUGCUUACUAAAUACUAUGUUGAAAAUAUGUACAUGAAUAAUGUUAAAAAGUUUAACAUAAAAAAAAGUUUGACUACAUAAAGUGAUUUUCUUGAUGAAUUAUAUUGAGAGAGAUACUACAAAGUGUAUUCGUUCUUUUGUUUGUGGAAUGUACAGUAUUUGUCAAAAAAUUUGAACGUAUAUAUGCACAGGAAAAACUGAUCAUCACAAAUCUAAGUCUGUAGCAUUGAACAAUGCUAAUGUUCAUUUAUUUUCUUCAAAAAUCAGGAUUUAAGUAAUAGUAGAUGAGUAGACAUCUAUCUUUCUUUUUCAAUUUAUGUGAAUUUGCAUUAGUGGGUGUAGAGGAGUCAAUAUAUUUUUCAAUUACAAUCGGUGCAUAAUGAGGGGCUGUUUCAAUAAGAGUGAAGUGUGACUUAUAGUCAUUCUUAAAAUGUUUAGCGCAUAUGGUGGUUAAGGCCAUCGCACACCUUACGACUGGUUCACGAUCCGAUUUGGGAGUAAAUUGCAUUUUGCUCAUUUUCUCAAAAUGUGAAUUAUUUGAGGUUCAAAUUAACUGAAAGAAUACUAAUGUACCACUUUUGGAUGAUUGCAAGCCUUUAUUUUAGAGAAAAGGCCAAAUUGGUUUUAAAUCUUAGACAAUUGUACGAUUGCUAUGACGUCAUUGCGACUAGAUGUUAAAUUUGCUUUUAUUCUAAUAAGAAUGAUAGCAUAGUCACAGAUUUGAACAUCGGUAUUCGUACAAUGAUUCAGAACAUUACACAGUAAGAUAUUCAAUUUUUCAACAGUAGCAUCAAAUUCUACUACGUUUUACUCCAAAAUCUGGUCAAAGAGCAAUGUGUAAGGUGUGCAGUGGCCUUAACAUAUAUCCUCAAUAUUGACUAUGCAUUGGUGCAUGCUCAGAAGCAUGAUCUGACCAAUGUAUUGAUGUAUUAUAUAUAUACCACUCACAAUGGGGGAAAUUUGAGUGUGAUUUUUAGCCAUUCUUCAAUCUUGGUAAAAUUUCACCAGGGGGGUAGUUUACGGAAAGUCAAGUCUGACCAACAAAUCAUGCCAACAUGCACAUGAUGUGUGUAGCACAUAAUAUCGCUGAUCAAUACAUGGUAAAACAUGUCCUGUAAGCAUGUUUGACCGAUGCAGUGGUGUGUUAUAUGCUGCACGCAACUUGGAAUUUAAGUGUGCUUUUUAUCCAUGCUUGAAUCUUUGUGAAACAUUCCUCAGAACUGUGUCAGAUUUCAUUCUGAAGGCUCUUAAACUUCCUUAGCUGAUACCAGAGAUGGAAAGGAUUUAUAGAAUAACUUUCAAGGAAAUAGAAAAAAUGGUGGUUCCAUAAAAAUGAUAUUUAGCAUGAAACACAAUCAAUAUUAAUGAUCUUUAUUAAUCAUUUAUUGAUUACUCCCCAUCAGAUUAUGUGUAAUAGGAGUAAUAGAGAAAGAUUGUCCCCGGUUUUAUUGGCUGAAUUCGGGCAAAUAGCCAACGAUGUUGAUUAUGAAUGUUUUCGAUAGAUAGGAAGAAAUUUCCCCAAGAACUUAUUGAUUUUUAAAGAGGAAUGGAUUUGAUCAUUGUUUUAAUCAUGUACUGUUAUUCUUACAUGCUUCAUUCUUGUACUGUCCAAUUGGAAGUGGUUGACAUACAUCCCCUUCAUCAUUUUUCUUCCUUAAUUUGGGAUUUAAGAAAUUACUUGACCGACCCACAACAAGCCAAACUAACACAUACAUUUGUUUCCUGUCACACUGCAACUCAAUAUAUUCCAACCUCCCUCAUACAUACCUUGUUCCACUUUAACAGGUUCAAAAUCCUGCUGCUAGAUUAGUCUCUCUCAGUAAGAAAUUCGAGCAUGUAACCCCAAUCCUGUCUUCUCUGCAUUGGCUCCCCAUACAUCACCGUAUCUCUUUCAAACUUCUCCUUCUCACCUACAAAAUUCUCAAUGGCCAGUCUCCAAAAUAUCUUACAGAUCUCAUUUCUCUUCGCUCUAGUACCUCCUCAAGACCUCUCCGUUCAUUGUCUACGAUGCAGUUAACUCACGAACCUCUAAAAGGAUGGUGGCCAUGCUUUUUCUUCAAUUGCACCGUCCCUUUGGAAUAAGCUACCCUCUUAUAUUCAUAACUUUAAGUCUGUUAGUCAGUUCAAGACCCUGCUCAAAACCUACCUGUUUGAAAAAUGAUUCACAAUUGUGGGUCGGUCAAUUGGGGGUGCACACCAGUUUUGAUUAUAAGUAUUAGUUUUAUUAGCUGUAUAUUUUCCCCUUCCACAUUUUUUUUUUCUCCCAAGUAUAAACCAUAAACAGAACACAGUGCACUUAAAAACACCCGUAGUAAGUGCCGUAUAAAUGUUAUGUAGUAUUAUUUAAUUUGAUCAGGUAUCGCAAUAGUAAUUUUGCAGUAGUGAGUUAGGGCAAGUGAUGGAUGUUUUAAUCUAAAGAGAAUUAUAAAACAAGCAAGCCAUGCCCUCGCUCGACAACGUUUGCUUCUAAUCCUGCCCUAACAGCAAACAAAGUAAUGGGGAACGAGUACAUGCUUGGUCCUGUUAUAAAAAUUAUUAUUUCGCUAACUUUGCCAUCCAAUGGUAUAAAUACCAUGGCAACAAUACAGCCAAUCAAAAUCAAGGAUUCCAUGAAAGUUACCAUUGGAUGGCAAAGUUACCAUAAUAGUAAGUUUUAUGCAACAGGACCUUGAUGUGAAAGAUACUGAGUAGGAUCCCUACUCAAAGACAAGGCACUAACUGCUUAUGAGGUGCCCAAGUCAUUUUAUUGUUUCUUCUGGGGGGGCUCUUUUAAAUACAUAUAUCAAUCAUAUCACUUCUCAAAGUAACUCUGUAUUAUUUAUUCUCUAACAUUCUUCUUGUGAAUGUAAAAAGUAGCAACUGCCCUUAUUAUGUGUAUUCUAAGAUUCCCUUAUUUCAUAUUUUUGUUUCUUAACAAAAAUUACAAAACAAAGCCCAAAAUCCUGAUUAUCAGGUUAGGUUUGAUUAUUUCAUUAAUGGUAUUUUUCUUCAUAUGAAUAACAUACUUGUUUUACAGUAGGAAAAAGAAUUAAGCUUAAGUUGUAAAUAGCAAAAGACAUCAUGUAUUUCACAAUUUGGCUAUGAGACAGCAAAGUCAUUAGCCUUUUGACAAGGCCUCGCGACUUGGCUCUAUUCCUCGUCAAGCGGUGGCUGAGACGAGACUAGCAGCUGACGAAGAGAACUGGCAAUACCCAAGUGAGUGCGAGAGCGAAGUCGCAAGGCCUAUUGGAAUCAGGUGAAGAUGUGAAUAUAUGAAUAUUCACGAGCAUGCUGAUGCGCCAGUCCGCAACGUCAGUGUCUAUGACGUCAUGAGACUGGGUUCGUUUGCUUCUGUGGCACAGGGUCAUACGGGGUUCAUUGAUGCAAGCAAUAUGCUCGCUUAUUGGCCACUACCUCUCAGGUAGCGAUUCGCAAACAAUGGUUAACAUAAGAAAUCCAAAUCAGGUUCCUAAAGGCCCUGUGACUGAGCUCAAAAUCCUCGCACUCACUCGGCUUAUUGCGAAUAGUUUUUUUUCCAGUCGGUAGGUAUGUGAUGUAAAUAUCACAAUAGAUACAGGGCCUUAUUUAAAGGCUACAAAGUCAUAGGAGAUUUAUGAUGGUAUUACAUUACUAUCAUCUACUUUGAAUAUCAGGUCAUGAAGUUAUUUGUGAUGAUUCAGUUGCAAAAUUCAUGAAAGUAAAACCUCUGUAAAAUAUUCUGCGAAUACAGUGAUUUGGUUACAUAAGACAAAGUUACUGGAUAAUGGGUGAAUAUUAUGAACAUUUGGUAAAUUCAUACCUUGUAUCUUGUUAUUUCAUUUACUCAUGCGUUAUAGUGGGUUGCUUGUAAAAAGAACAGAUUGGUACUUCUAUCUUGGUACUCUAUCCACCUCAAAUGUUACUAAUGCAGCCAUAGAUUGAGCGAUUAUGUCAUUCACUUUAGAAUCAAUGAAUAAUUGUAUAAAUGUAGUUAGUAUUCGAUUCAUUUAUCUGCCAUCUUGGUCUCUCUUGCAUUGACUGUCAAUUUUAGGUUUAGAACCCUUAUCCAUUUUCUUCAUUCCUUCAUUUGUUUUUCUUUCGUUAUUGCUUACAAAAUAAGGAGGUUUACAUUAAUAUAUUAACAAUCUGGGCCCUGUCUUACAAAGAAUUACGAUUGAUCCAGUCAGUCUAACUCUAUGGAAAUCCAGUGUCAUAAUUUUUUUCUAUAGGAAAUUUGCACAAUGUCCUUUGUAAACAAAUAGAAGCACAGUGAAUUUUCAAGAAAACAAUGAAUGCAUGAAUAUACAUCAUAGUUCGAAAAUAUUUUGAACAAACAUGAAUAAUACAUGUUGACGUUGCUGGCCAUCCAUAGUUGCGAUUGAUUGGAUCAAUCAUAACUCUUUGUAAGACGGGGCCCUGAAAGUCUUCAGAUUUAGGAUUCCAAGCAACAAAUAUGGCUCCCAGGGUCACAUGUGAGAAGGCAUGGUUGCAUUCAAUCACGAUUGAUUACUCCCCAUGUAGUGGAUAUUGUGCCUGUACUUUAUGCAGGCAUGGCAGAAUCUAAUGACCAGAGUAAGAGAGUAGUCCAGAAAAAUGCACUUAAGGUGACUGAAUUUGUCAAGAGCAUUUACUACUUCAUUUUCAAAAUUCUUCAGCACAUGAGUGGUACUGAACUUUUCACAAAUACCCUAACUGAACAUCAGAUAAAAUAUCAUGCUUUGACAACAAAUUUGCAGAUCUAACAUAUACUAUUCUUUCAAGGAUUUUAGAAUAAGUAGACAAACAAGAAAUUAUCAAUUUUUAAAAAUAAAGGAAUUACCUUAGUUAUUUUCAUUUGGUCUGGAGCUGUACUAGUUUCUAAAGAAAGAUUGAAUAUAUACACCAACAGAGCAACAAUAGAAUUUGUCACAAAUUUUUAAAUAUAAUUAUUAAUUUCAUCAAAGCCAGGGUUUUUCUUAUUUCUCAAUCCAGAUACAAUAUUUAUUACUUCUGGAUUCCAAGUUGGAGCAAAAAAAUUUGGGUUUGGGAGGCCGAAAUAGUCUGAAAUAUUUUUUCUCAAGCUCUGCCAACAGAAGAGAAAUAGUUAUUAAAAAUAAUUGAAAUGUUUCAGCAUCAUUAACAAUAAAAUUUUUAAGCCAAAUUUUGGCCAAAAUAUCAAGCAAUUCUUCACCCUCCUACUUAAUUGUUCUCUACAGAAGUUUUGUAAAUUUCCUGAAAUCUGCUCCUGUCCUUCCUAGUCUCAUGCAAAUCUCAAAUAGAAUUUUUUUCUCUGAUCUGCUUAACCUACAAAUAACCCCUCAGUUUUUUUUUUUGGGGGGGGGGUUUAACACACAAAAAAAUACUCUUGUAUAAAAUAAGAGCACUUUUCUCUUCUAAUUUGUUUUUAAUGGAAUGGAGAUGGCAUCUUCAUUCAUGCUAGAUCCAUUUGGUGUAUGUUUUAUUUUGUCAUACUGGCACUUUGUUCAACUACCGUUUAGUCUAUGCUGAAGACUAAAUAAGGUCAGCUUAAUUGGGUGAUAUUAGACAAACUGGAUAUUAGACCACACUGAUGAUAUGACAAAUAUGUUGCAGACAAGAUGAUAUGGUUAUAGUAUAUAUGAGAGAUAACAUUCAGAAUCUGACGAUCAUCUAUUAAUGGUGGCUUUCAUAAACCUGAUUGAUUUCUCCUACAAGUGUGUUAACCCAUUGAUGACUGUAUUCUGUAAUUCAUAUUGGCUUUAUUCAAGGACCACUCAGUUCCAGUAGGCAAUGGGCUAUUUCAUACUCAAAUCAUCUUUAAAUCAAUGGAGCUCCUACGCGCUCUUUGCCUAAAGUAUGUGCACUUCCUGUAGCAGGAAUCCUGCUAUAAUAAAGGCACUAUAAAGCAUCUUUUACAGUAGCUUUCCCAUUGUACCAUCUAUGAUGAGUGUAAGCAUUUGUAAUGAAAAGGUGUUUGCUCUGACAUUUAGUAACAUGAUUUAGUUCCUAGUGCAUAUUUAUUUAUCCUUUUCUUUCUUUUUUUUCUUCUCUUUUUUAUGUUCUUCUUGAGUAUAUCGCAAGUUCACAUACAAAGUUAUAUAUGAAAAUAUCGAGAAAGCAUUCAUAGCUGAAAAAAAUGUGUACAGGCAUGGAAAAGAUGUAUAAAUAUAAAUAAACAGAAAGACAAAGUUAUGUAAUAUUGUGUUGUAUGUGGCUCUUGUUAUAUCUCGGAUGUGUAUUUUGUGCAUCUUAUAAUGUUCAAUAAAAAUUGAAUGAACCAA